AUGGCUCCAUCAACCACGAUGCGGCUGCUUCUCUUUGCACUGCUGCUCGCGUGCAGUCUCAAUGCGGUGCUAGUGCAGGGCCUGGUUCCACCACGAUCUCCACCCAACCCAACACUGUACGAGCAGCCUCUGGCGCUCUCGUCCUACCUGCAGCGCGUCUUCACCGCACCCAUCACUUCGCUGUUCAGCUUUGCGCCACACAAACCAACAAAGCCCGUAAAGAACCUCAAAACUUUCGGCUUGCGCGAGGCGUACCACCAAGGACUCGGCGACAAGGCGCACGAGCGCGCACGCGCGCGGUACGAUUUCCGCAUCAGCGCCAACGACCUCCACGCCAACACCGCGAGCGACGACUACAUCCCGCGCAUCCUCACCACGCGCCAGCGCGUGACGCGCGCCAAGGACCCGCGGCGCUACCUCGAGGUGCGCGGCGAAUCGUACCGCGAUGCAGUGUGUGCGGCAUCCACGGAGCUCGACUGGGAAGACGUGGAGUUGGAGGUGCCGGACGUGACGGAUCGCACCACCGUGCUCUCGUUCGCAAAGAUGGCGGCGGCGGCGUACAAGAACGACACGUCCGACUGGGAUGGCAUGGGCGGCUUCGAUCCGACCAACUCGUUUGGCUGGGAGGGCGACGGCAUCCGUGGGCACAUCUUUACCACGCACGACAACGACACGAUCGUCGUCGCGCUCAAGGGCACCUCGAACGCCUUCCUCGGAGGCGGCGACACGGCGCGGCGCGACAAGACCAACGACAACCUGCUCUUUUCGUGCUGCUGCGCGCGCGUGUCGUGGAGCUGGACCACCGUGUGCGACUGCUACCAGGGCCACGGCGAUUCGUGCGGCCAGACGUGCGUCGAGCGUGCGUUGAUCGAAAAGUCGCUCUACUACCCCGCCAUCACGGACCUCUUCAACAACGUUUCGUACGCCUACCCCGACUCGCAGGUGUGGAUCACCGGCCACAGUCUCGGUGGCGCACUCUCUUCGCUGUUGGGUAUGACGUUCGGUGUGCCCACGGUGACGUUCCAGGCUCCAGGCGAGCGCAUGGCUGCACAGCGACUGCAUCUUCCGCUACCACCGGCACGUCAUCCCGAAGAGGACCCUGUGGCGGCACUGCCCAUCGUGCACGUGUACAACAAUGCCGACCCCAUCGCCACGGGCCAGUGCAACGGCGCCGCGAGCGUGUGCUCCAGCUUCGGCUACGCCAUGGAAAGCAAGUGCCACGCGGGCAAGAGCAUCGUCUACGACACGGUGGGCAAGCUCGGCUGGUCGCAGACCAUCAACGCGCACCGCAUCAACUCGUUGGUUGACGACGUGCUCACCGAGGACUGGAGCGACAAGGUGCGCAAGAAGAAGGCCAGGCUCGUGGCUCAAAGUGACGUGGGCACGCGGGGAUGGAGGUGGCCGUGGCAUAGGGGGGAGGAUGCCGACGAUGGCGGGGAUACGGACAGCGAUACCGACGAGGACGACAAGCUCGCCGUGCCAAGCGCAAGGUCCGAAGAAAAGUGCCGCGACUGCACCAACUGGCACUUUACCGACGAUGCUCCCGAGUCGUAG